AUGUCAACAUCAGAGAACACAACAACUGCUAUCGUUCAUGAAGCCAUAAAUGAAGAAUACGAGUACAUACAGUAUAACAAACAGUUACGUCUCAUUCGUUCAGUCAAAGAUGACAUGUACCAAAUGCAAAGUAUAAUGAAUGCUCUUCGUUCUACAAAGCAAGCAUAUCAUUGGUUUGAAAACCAACAGACAAAAGAACUUUUAGAAGAAUUUCCUCAUAUGAUUGCUUCCCUCGGAAAACCGA